UUGUAGGAGGGAGAAUGGAAAGAGAAAAACGUCCUGAAGAACGGCUCUGCUUUUCAGUGAAUGACUGCUGGGAGAGCUGGGCUGCCCCGGGCAGACAUCCACGACCUCAUCUUUCUGCCUGCAGAGUUUGGUUUCAGGUGGCACCAUGACUACAAGAAGCUGCUUUAGAGCGUUGUAGCUGUUUGGAACGACGGGAGCAUCAUCUUUCAUCAAAGAGAAGGAGGGAAAGGAGAGGCUGUCCUGAGAGGGGAAUAAGAUCAGCCACAUAGAUUGGAGCGAGGAACUCACCUCACCAUCUUGUUUUAAAGAGACUUGAGGAUUUGUUUGACUGGCCUUAAAGCGUCUGAGACCAAACGCCAUGUGUCAUGUCAUUGUGACGUGCCGCUCCAUGCUGUGGACUCUGCUCAGUAUUGUGGUGGCCUUCUCUGAACUCAUCACCUUCAUGAGCCCCGAUUGGCUGCUGGGACCUCCUCAUUCAGACUCUGAAGUGAACGGGGCCGGAGUGGACUCCGGGGAAUACAGACCGUCGCUUGGCCUCUACAGCCGCUGCCUUCGCGUCGUCGGGGUGAGCUGUGGACCUUACGCUGGGACUUUUGGGGAAGUUGCCAGUGGAUUCUGGCAGGCUGCCAUGUUGUUUCUGGCAGCAGGGACGCUUGUGCUGGGGCUCGUGGCCUGCAUCUCCAUCUUCAGCCUGUGUUUUCAGAGCAUUUUGAAGAAGAGCAUAUUUAACAUCUGCGGACUGCUCCAGGCUAUUGCAGGUCUGUUGCUGAUGGUGGGCCUCAUGUUGUACCCUGCUGGCUGGGGAUCACCAAAGGUGAUUGGUUACUGUGGCGCUGAAGCUGCACCCUUCAAGCCCGCUAACUGCUCCCUUGGCUGGGCUUUCUACGCCGCGAUAGGAGGAACACUGGCUACCUUUCUGUGUGCCGUCCUGUCUGCACAGGCUGAGAUCGCCACCUCCAGUGAUAAGGUUCAGGAAGAGAUUGAGGAGGGCAAAAGUCUGAUCUGCCUGUUCUGAGUUAGAGCUGCCUGAAGUGGAGUCCCACACGUCUCAGUCAGUGAGGAUGAACACUUCUCUGAGGGUUGAAUAAAAGAUAGUCGAUUGACAAAGUCUUGCAAGCUUCCUUUGAAAAAUUCUGCUAAGGCCUACGUAAGAGGAAUAACAACUAAUAACUGUCUGGAUCUCAAGGUCAAGUUCCCACAGACUGUUUUCUAAUGCAAACUUUUAUCUAAAAUAAACCACUGUUCUUAUAUGAAUUCAAUUAGUGAAUAACAGUGUUGUGACCAAGGACAGAACACGUACUGCUGGUAAGAUGCUGUGGAUGUUUAUAGCCUCAUAAUGAUCUUAAUCCCUGUGCUUCACCUGCAAACCACUAAUCAUAAGCAGACAUUCUUACCAACAGACCCUACAACUGCUUAGACGUCAUCUGUUUGUAAUCAAGUAUCAACUCCUGAGAAUCCUACAUUUUCCUAAAGUGCAUCUUCUGAAGCUGGGGGCUCACUUCAAAACACUUUUUUUCUGCCAAAUGGGCUGAUUGAUGAUUUGAUAACACGGAAAAGAUGAAAGAAGAGAUGGUAGAUUUGGGGCUUUGAGCUUUUCUAACUGAAUGUGUGCCUUGCAUUGCAACUAAGGUUGUGCUGCAUUGGUGCAGAGUUGUAUCACUUUUGCUACAUCGUUGUUUUUUGGAAUUUGUUUAGGGUCAAUUAGAGCUGAUUUUCCCUCCAAAAAUUAUUACUUUUGUAGUAUUUUUGUAUACAAACAGCACCUCAUAUUUGUUUGUUUUUUUGCACCUGCCUGGUUUUUGUAUUGCUAAAUAUCUGAUUACUUUACUGCUCCAUAUGUCACUUUAAAUGCAGCCUUUCCUGUGCUUUUUUUUUGUUGUAGAUGAGAUGUGCAAUAUUUCUGCCUCAGUUUUUUAAUGAAAGAGUAAAAGGUUUCAGACAUUGAA